CUUGUAGCUUCCCGCCACUUUUGAUGUGAAUAACCGAAAGCUAUUGUCAACUGCGGUGUAGUGGUGAAGUUUGUUUUGUAGCAUAAUGUGCAUUGUUUUACGGUGUUUGAUUUUUAGGACGUUUCGAUCUUGAAAGAUUUUUACAUACAGAAAUAACUUUGUGUUCUGCAGUGCAGCUUUAAGUAUUCGAGUAGCUUGGUUUAGCGUGUGAAUAAUUUGACAACCACAAUGCGGCUAAAGCGGCGAUCAUUGUUUUCGGCGGAGAUAAGUGACCUCCCACAGAAUGAUGAUAACCUGGAGCAGAGUCGCCGUCUGUCGGUGGCAUCACCAAAUGUCAGAAGCAGGCAGCGGAUGUCUACUGAUGCCCCACAAGUGUUGGGAUCGGAUAUGAUAGUUCACUUUACUCAGUGCUUGAAGUUGUCAUCUGAAAAUAAAAUUAACCCAGGAAAUGCUUUCCAACUGGAGAUGAUUGAUUAUAUGAUAUCAAUGUUAAGCUCUAAGGAUAGUAAGAUGGACAAUUUUCAGAUUGCAAGUUUCACACUUGAUGCUAGUACGAAGAUAUAUGCAUCUCGUGUUGACAAAGUACAUGCAGAUGGUAUGAAGAUUGCAGGUGGUUUGUUUAAGGCUGUUGUUAGAAAGGAAAAGCAGGGUGCAGUAGGAGAUGAUAAUGAUGAUGGACCUGAUGGGCACAAGGCUGAAAGCAAAGCGAGGCAACGGGCUCACAGAAGGGUGAGAAAAAUCAUAACGGAACCAGAGUCCUUAAAUGCUCCUUUACAGCAAAAUUAUAAACUGCAUCCCUCAUUACUAUUCAUGAAUACCAAGUUUAGUGAUUGCCGUCCGGGCUGUGUCAAUCUCAUGCCAAGGAUUUCAGUAGUUGGAGAUACACAAAAACUGCAAUUUCUGUGCUCUGAACCUGCCCUUGGUUCUUCUGGUGUAGGCAUGGAGGAUCAACUUGCUGACGUCCCAACAUUAUCAGAUUUGACGAAUCUGAAAAUUACAUCCCACAAAAUAGAACCUGCUGACUUUCUGGAUGAUGAUCUAGCUACAGGGAUGGGUCAGUGUGUCAUUGGUGAAGGUUUAGAUCUGUCUGUGGUGACUGAAAAGCUGAAAAUGGAUCUGCAGUUGGAAAAUAAUUUUGAGGAUGACCCCUGUCAAGGUUCAGUCCUUGAAGCUCAUGAAGAUGAUGGUGAUAGGGAGCCAUCUAAUAGUCCAGAGGUCCAUAACUUUGAUAUUCGAAGUCAUCUGUCAUCAAAAUCACAGGAAUACUCUUACUUUAAUAUAGAGAAACUAUCACUUUGGCGAGGCCCAUCACAUUGGAAAGUUUUUGCGUCAAAAGACAAAACUGAAGACACAGAGAAAGUGAAAAGGAAACAGAGGCCAAAGAAAAAAGUGAAGAACCUAUUUCCAGAAGAACCUGAACAAAACAUUGAUGAUAAAUUGCAGAAGGGGAGAUCACAGAAGCUUACAAAGAGAACAACGCAGAAAUGGCAGGAGAGUAAAGUAACUUCUCAACUUGAUGUACACUAUGAAAAUAGUCACUUUCGAAGGUUAUAUCAUAAUACAAAUUUCCUCAUCAAGUUUGUAAGUGAGCGAAAUUUGCCAUUGUCAGAAGCAGAAGUGGUGGAUGACGGUGACGCUGUAAAUUAUGACUAUUGCAAUCCAAAUGAUACCCAGGAGUACUGUCCAAAUGUUCCAAACUGUGAUGAAUCAUCGUCAUCAGAACAUGAAGAAGAUGGACAUGAAUUGCAAGAAGUUAAUGGCCAUCCAGUCACACCAACUAGAGAUGAAAGGGAAAGCGUAUGUCAGUGGAAACUGUUGACUCCACCUACAGUGGCAACAAAAAUUAGCAUACCGUAUGCAAAAGAGUCAAAAAAAGUUGACAUGGCAAGGCUGAAGGCCACAAUGUGGUCUAUUCUUGAACAAUUUUCAGUGUGUAAUUCUGAUAAACAAAAUGGCAAACUGAAUGAGAUAGUGGGUGUACUCGCCAAACCAGAAGGAACUGUAACCCAUUUCAGUAAAUUGUUAUCUGAAACAAAGGCUACCUGGCCUGAUGAUACAAAGGCUGAACUGAGUUUUGCUAUUGUAUUUCAGGCACUUCUCCAUUUGACAAAUGAAAAGAAAAUGCACUUAAAGUCAAAUGAUGAUUUAAGUGAUGCGAUUAUAUUUUGCCCUAAGAGUUCCUGUAAUAUUUAAUGGAAGGAAAUGAGAAGCAUUCAUAGUUUCUCUUCUUUGGCAACUGAUUUUUGUUAACAAGUGUCUCAGCGUUUUCAUCAAUUCAAAGAAAUAAUGGUUGCAAAGAAACUAGAUCUUACCAGGAACACAAGGUGUACACAAUUUGUUAAUCUAAAUAAGAUUAAAACACAUUGUUAAUUUGUAAGUGUUUUAGAAGUGAUGAUGAUUAUUUGAAAGCCUGGAAUCUACUCUGAAUACAUGUGAUGGAGAAAGGUGUGUAAUCCACCUUAGUUUAAGUUAGUUAAAUCAGAUCUCGUAACUCAGUUGUUUAACUGUCUACUAUGCAGUUAUGUAAAAAUGUAUGUUACUUGAAAUUGCAGAGAUUUUCAACAGAAAGCAUUAUUCUUUUAUAUAAUAUGGAAUUGAUAGUUACUUUUACGCAUUCUUUAAAUGUUUAAUAGUGUGCAGGGUUGAAAAAUUGAAGAUUGUUGUGUAGUUUCAUCAAGUACAUGUAGAUACUCUUUAAUAUUGUUGAGUUUAUUGUAUUAUAAAUUCUGUUUUAAUGGGAUUUAGACUACAUAUGAAUUAUUGUAUCACUAUUAAAAUAAUUUUAAAUUCAGUCAGUGCAAACUUUCAUAGCUAGUGUUCAAACUUCCAGAUUGAGAGACAAUGGUCAUACAUGAAACUAUUUCAUGACAUUUUGUCCACUGCAGUUGGAGACAAAACAUCAGGGAAUAGUUUCAUAUAUUCUGUCAGACCAGAUAUUUUCACUGAAGAAGUUUACAUUGUUAGUGAUAAGUCUUUGUAACAUUUUCUAAAGGACAAACUGUUCAGUGACAAAAUCCACUGUUGCAGCUUUAGACAUGUGGCCAUUACCAAGUAGAGUACUGCAAAAAUUGUGCUUUAGCAAAAGUCAAAACUUCAAUAUAUAUGCGCACUCACACGUGUCAAUAUGCUGAGUAUUUAAUUGAAAGUCAGGAAAAGUUACUCUUUGAAGCUUGUUUUUCCUUGAAAUACUGAUAUUGAAACAAUUUCAUAAUCUAACGACAGAUGGCAUGAAAAUGUUACGAUACUUAAUAUAAUGCUCGUUGAAGUUUCCUUUUUUAUCAGACUAUGAUAUUAGAAGUAAUUUAUCAAUUCAACAAGAUGUUUGUAGAGUAUUUUUAUAUAUUUAUGUAAUCAGAGCUAUAAUUUUAAGUUAACUUUCUAAUCAGUGAGAUAACUAUUAAAUAAAUUUAAAAACAAAUAUACAGUGUUUUAAUCUACUGCACAGUGCAAUGAGUCUCUUUGACAAUUUAUGUUCAACAGCAACAGAUAAGUCUUUCUCUGUAUUUGUGUUGUGUCCUGUACAUGUUGGUAGAGUGUGAUGGAGAUAUGAAAAAUAUGUACUCAGUAAUAAAUUAAAUGAAAUUAGAUUUUAUAGAACUUACAUGUUAAAUAUCGUACAUGGGGUAUUACGCCCACAUAACUUGUCAGCUGCCACUUUCAUCACAGCCAUUUCUGAUUGACAUACAUGCAUCAGUACAAAGGUUUAUUAAAACUGCGUGCUGGACCGAGACUCGAAUUCAGGACCUUUGCCUUUUGCGGGCAAGUGCUCUACCAUCUGAGCUACCCAAGCACGACUCACGACCUGUCCUCACAGCUUCAA